GAGAGAGAGAGGAAAAUGGGUGGACGGAAAGUCCCCGUGUGGAAAUCCCCUUGACUUGGGCUUUUUCCUUUUUUAUAAAAACUAUCCUUUGCGGACGUGUGUACUCUUGCUUCGCAAGCUGCGAGCGCUCCAAAAUAGACCUGAUACUGAAGGAAAGAGAAGGUUGAAUGGCGCCGAGGACCGCUGCGGUGAGGCUGAGUGAAGUGGCUGAGAGAGGACUAGCCUGAGCAUCCGGGAGGGCUUUGUUAUUACCCCGACAUAUUACACAGUUUCCACGUUGUUCAGUCAGCGUCGGUUGGUGCCUCCUCCUCCUCCUUUCCUUCUCCUCGUUCCUCCUCUCCCCUCCUUCCAUCCACCUGGCCACACAUCCGCCAUGUCGCAGGGUCAGAACUUCCUCCCAAAAUUCCUGUUUGUCUCCAACCUGCUGAAAGCGGUGAAGAUCCGCCAGCGAGUGCCCAACGACGUGGUGAAGCCGGCUGCCAGCGGCGGCCUGCUGCACCACCUGCGGGGUAUGCACCGUUACACGCUGGAGAUGAUCGCCAUGAACCACUUUCCGCAGGCCUUCAGGGAGGUGGUGCAGGCUGCCAUCCUGGACCGAGCCAUGCAGGCCUCAUUGGAGCAGGAGAAGAAGCUCAACUGGUGUCGGGAGGUGAAGAAGAUGGUGCCCUUACGUACAAAUGGAGAUGGGAACUGUUUGCUCCACGCAGCCUCUCAGUACAUGCUGGGUGUUCAAGACACAGAUCUAGUGCUUCGAAAAGCCCUCCAUGGUGUUUUGAAAGAGACGGACACUGGCGUCUUUAGAGCUCGCUUCCAGGCAGAACUGGUCCAGUCCCAGGAGUUCACCCAGACUGGACUCCGGUACACCACCAUGAAUUGGGAGGAGGAGUGGGAAAAGAUUGUGAAGAUGGCGUCUCCUGUCUCCAGUAGCAACGGCCUCCAGUUUGACUCUCUGGAGGACAUUCACAUCUUCGUCCUCUCUAACAUUCUCCGCAGACCCAUCAUCGUCAUCGCAGACCAGGUGGUCAGGAGUAUGAAAUCUGGCUCCUCCAUCUCUCCUCUGAAUGUGGGUGGGAUUUAUCUGCCGCUACACUGGCCUCCCACGGAGUGCUACAAAUACCCAAUAGUGCUCGGCUAUGACUCCCAGCACUUUGCACCCCUCAUCACCAUCAAAGACAGUGGUCCAGAGAUCCGAGCAGUACCGCUAAUCAACCCAGGACGGGGGGGCUUUGAGGAGCUGAAGGUUCACUUCCUGAUGGAGAAAGAACAGCAGCAGAAAGAGAGGCUUCUCAAAGACUACAUGCUAUUGAUAGACAUCCCCGUCAUAGGCUUGGGCUACGAUGCCACACGGAUCAUCAAUGCUGCACGGCUGGAUGAGGGGAACCUCCCUGAAGACAUGAACCUGAUGGAGGACUACCUGCAGCUUGUCAACCAUGAGUACCAGCGAUGGCAGGAGGACAAGGAGCAGGCAUGGGCCGCCCAGCCGCAACGCCCACCGCCCUUCUCCGUCUCCCAGCUCUCCCUCAUUGAGAUCCGUUGUGCCACACCACGAUGCACCUUCUAUGUCUCUGUUGACACACAGCCUCAUUGCCAUGAGUGCUUUGAGAAGCGACAAGCCACUACUGGUGGAGGAGCGAGGAUAGAAGGGGUGGUGCAGACCAAGGGAGGAGGGGUACAGGGUGGGGUAGGAGUGGUAGGGGGAUCAGAGACUGAGGUGAGCUCCAGAGGAGCCCGAAGUAGCAGCCCCCCAUCCUCUUCGUCUGGGAGAGGGGUGUCCAGCCCCCGCUCAGCCCCACCUACCGCUCCCAGCCUCAGCCUGUACAGUGAAACUCAUGCCAUGAAGUGCAAGACACCUGGCUGCCUCUUUACCCUUAGCGUGGAACAUGAUGGACUUUGUGAGCGCUGCUUCAACUCCAGGCAGAACCAUGGACCCCCUGGUGCUGGAACAGCUGCUACAGGACUGCCAGGCCCCAAUGGGGGGUCUACAGUUCCCCACCCGGCCCAGGGCUCCGGCUGGACCCAGUGGGGGGGUUGUGAGGCAGAGACAGAGCGCUGCAGCAUGUGCAGACAGGAGGCGUUCAGGAUAUUCAAUGGCCUGUGCCCACCCUGCAUGCAGAGACAGCAGGCUCCAGAGAGGGGAGAGCCACAGCAGAACAACCCCAGGACUGAGGCUUCUUCAUCAGCUUGGAGCCAGCCCAGGGAGGCUGAGCGGCCAUGCCUCACCCUAACCCCAGGGCACACUUCAGCCUGGCAAGCCCCUCUGGCCCGCCCUUGUAAACGAUCUGGCUGCCAGUUCUUUGGGACGCCAGAGAAGUUGGGUUUCUGCACUAUUUGCUACGUAGACUAUCAGACCAACCACCACCUGACCCCUCCCCCUGCCCCGGUCCAGAGCCGGCAUGGUUUGGAGGCAGGCUUCCAGAACGCCUCACGGUGUCGUGGGCCUGGGUGUGGUGCGGUCGGCAAGGCAAUGCUGGAGGGCUACUGCGACAAGUGCUACGUCAAAGAGCAAAGCACACGGCUCAACCAAGUGGCACAUCGCACACCACACUCCCCUCCUCUGGUCAUGCGUGACCGAGCAGCCAAACCCAGAUCUUCACAGCAAUCCCAGACCCAGACUCAGUGCCGGCGAAGUGGCUGCAGUAAUGUGUCCCCAGGUUGCACAGACCUCUGCCCAGAGUGUCAUACACGUGGCCAGGGUAGAGAGGCGGGCAGACGGGCGCAGGCGCCCAAAGAAAAGUCCAAGCAGCGGUGCCGGACGCAGGGCUGCGACCACUACGCCAACCAAGAGAAACAGGGCUACUGCAAUGAGUGCGACCACUUCAAACAGAUUUACCGCGGCUGACCACAUACAUACCCACGCAUGCAACGAUGAUGAUGACGACACAUCGCUAGCACGCUAGAGCCGCUGCCCUGCUGUGGGCACCUCAUGCCAGUCAAUGCACCUCUGAUACUAACUAACCAACUAACUAACUAACUAGCUAGUGACUAACUAGUAACCUUAUGGCCUGAAAAUCAACCCCCCCUAUGUAGAAUGUGAAGAGAGAGUGUGUGUACGUGGGGGGCUGGGGGGGUGAGUGAGUGAGCGAGUGCGUGCGUGUGUGUGUGUGUAUGUGUGUGUGUGUGUGUGUGUGUUCGCAGUAGACAUGGCCUCCAGAAUACCUCUUUGUGCAAUUAUUAUUAUCAUCUGAUGUGCCGUGUGCACUUACACAGUGAGAGGUUUGGCUACAUGUCAGAGCAACUGACUUAACUCUUGUGUACAAUAUGUAUUUAGAGGUACGCAGUGAAUCGUGCCGGACAAAAUGAUUGUAUGUUGACAUAACAAGAAGCAUCUGACAUUGCUUUCUAGACCACAGCCAAGGAUUUAUACCCCCCCCCCCCCCCCCCCCCCCCCCCCCAGUCUGUCUGUCUGUCUGUCUGUCUUAACCCAUCUGUGUAUCUGUCUGCCUGUCUGUCUAGCAUUUGCUCUGUAGAGUGAGGAAUGCAGUAGUUGGGGAAGCCCAGCAACCAGUGUGUGAAAGUAGUAAGCAGAAGUGAGCUAAACUGGGCCAAAGCAAAGCCAGUGAAGUGCUUGAAAUGGAAUGAAAUGGCAUCCAAAAUCAUUUAGCUUAGUUCUCCAAAAACACAUGUAUGUUCUCCCAGAAUAGACAAACAUUUUACCAAGAAAGGCUCUUGCAAUCAAUACUGUAAAAUGAUCAAGAACCAACUUUCUUCCAUUAGUCAGUCAAAAGCAGUGUUAUAUUUUGAGGCAAAUUAUUCUUCAUAUUGUUAGAUCCUCUGUUAUAUAAAGUUAACAUUGUGAAUUACCAGAUAUGGAAAGUAAGAGCAGUACAGGUGUCUGAACAGUGCAAGACAGACAGGGCAGGCCCCUGCUAGUUUUGGUGCUACAUGUACAGAAAUACAAGCCUCUCCAUUGUAGCCAACAAGCUGGCGGUGUCAGCGGACAGAAGGCAGAGAACACAGUGGAGACAGGACUCAUUCUCUUUCUAUUCCUCCUGUCCUUCCUCUUAUUUCCCCUCUUCUCCUCCAAAACAAAUCUGUUGCCUUGGACGUUGUUUUCCUGUUUACUGACCACUUAAGCACCUAGAAACGCAUUGACACAUACCUACACUUGCGCACACAAAUGUAAUAGCUCCAGUUCUGUCAGAAGGGGAUUGCCAACUGUAGAGAGAACUGGGAACAUAAUGAUGGAUGAAGUCUGGAUGAUUAUCCACCUUAUCACCACAUACACACAUAUGCACGCACAUGCAAACACACCUCUGUGAGAUUGUACGCGCCCCACCCCAGCCUGAGGUGAUGUGUAGGUAAAUAAACCCGCAGAGAAAUGCAUUCCUCUCUGCUCCACCCCACUGGACGUGCCAAGGCGACAAUUUCAAAACUCCAGAGAGCAAUCCCAUUGCCUGCUGGCUAAUCUUGUGUAUCUGAAUGUGUUUUGUGCUGCUGAUACAACAGCACAGUAUUGGGGCUCAUCCUCGAUAAGUUUUGCCUUUAAGUGAUUGAAAUUUUAUGGACCAGAGGAGCCUGAUCAGUGAUCCUGGAUCAGUGCUCCCACCUAUAAAAUGCUUUUGUGAAUAUGGAUCUUGGUCCAUAUUGUUGGACCUUCCAACCCGAUGCCUCAUCUCCAACACACACACACACACACGCCCGCGAGCGCAACGCACGCAUGUGUGCGUCUGGAUUACGCAAAACUGACAUUCCUUUUUUUUGUUUGUUUUUAUUUUGUUUUUGGAUUUUUUUAAUGUAUUUUAAUAUAUUUGGUUUUGUUUCUGCCAAAAAAAAAAUACAUGUGCCAUCAAUCGCCAAACAAUUGUUGUUACCUCCUUAAAAAUGGCCAGCCUGGACCAUUCUAAACUAACUAGAGUGCUGCAGAUAGACAUCUCCAACUUUGUGUACCACAGACUAGAGCUUGUCAAGCUCUCUGACGUUGAAAAUCCCCAAAUCUUUUCAUGAGUAUUUAUCUACAGACAUAACCUCAAAUGUAAAACAUUUAUCAAACAAACUCAAAUGUGUUAUCAACUGGAACAGUGAUUACCCCUCAUACUUGUGCUCAAGAACCCUUUUAUUGUAGGAGGAUGUCCAUCUGUGGCUCUAGUUAGAAAAGCAUAGACAAAACAGGCUCUCGGUCUGCCUUUUCAUUCAACUGUAUCUAAAGCUGUCGGGCCAGCCCACGUGUUGAUGGCCUGUACGUAGAUCUCUGUGUGCUUUAAUCACCUCUAGACAAACCUUAAUCAAAUAAAGGCCAAUUAGUGGUCAGCUCGUCAGGGCCCCAUAAAAUGAUUUUGGGGCGUUGACUGAGUUUGACUGGGAGGAGAUCACAGAAGUUGCACAUGACUUGUCUAAGCUGCUGAGGCAUUUAGGAAUGGUACUCCGACUCGCUUAGGGACAUUCCAACAGUAGGAAGAGCAUCCACUUAAGAGCAGAAGGUGUAACAAAACAUGCAAACUGUGUGGAAGUUUCUUUGUGUGACCUUUCGACAAUAGGGUAUUGUAUGAAAAAAAAGCCUGGUUUUAUUUGUUAAGUAUUUAUUCAUAUCAAGAUAUCUGUAUUGUGUGAUUCAAUAAUUAUUUAUAUGUUGUCCUGAAAUGAAUUAUUUUUAUUAAGAAAUCUGAACUUUACUGUUGUUCUUGUGUGUUCGUGUGUGUGUGUGUGUGUGUGUGUGUGCGUGCGCGCUCACUAUCACAGAAUAUGGUUGUACAACACAACCAUUUGGGCGAACCCUACAUGCACAUACAGUGUGCUUGUGUGUUCUUUUUGAGAUUUAAACAUGGCACUCUUAUUACUGCAUCUCUCUACUACGCUGUGCGUUGCCUGUCUCUGCUGAAAAGCAGUUGCUCACUACUGGCACCAAAUCCAUCUCCAGUGUAGGAAGUACAGUGGGUGCUGCAAAAGUCAUCAGAUAACUGAUCACUGAGGCCUGGUUUAGAUGUGGCAGUGUGCACUAUUUUCCUGUGUUUAACUGGGUUAGCUCUUUUUCUUCUCUCCGCCCCCAUUGUUUUUUCUUUUCUCAUUGUUACACAUUUCCAUACAAAAAUUUUCAAAUGAAGUUUUUCUUAGGUGCUUUUUUAAAAAUCACUAUUCAGUUCUUUCCAGGCUUAUGUUAGGGCGUCAAUAAAAAAAAAAAGGGAACCCCCGCCGUCACAUCAAAAAGCACAGUUCACCCGGGAGGAGUGGAUGAGGCAGUGGGAGGGGGGAGUUUGGAGUGAGGGGAGAGGGGAGAGUGGUAGUGACAGGUGGGGAAUUGGCUAUAAUUACAUAUGGCAGGCCAGAGGUGACAUUUAACAAGUAUGGGGUGGCAGUGUUGUGCGUGGGCUCUCAUCAUCCUACAGCCUCUACCACAGUCAGAUGGGUAGGCUGAUGUGGUUUCCUGGAAAUACCCCUGUAUGCAAACACUCCUUUUGUAUAACUGUUCCUUUGCAGAUGAGCAUUGUUUCACUUGUGUGAGUGCCUCACUAAUGUGGUGCAGUUAACCUUCCCAUGCAGUCUAUAAAAAUAAUUAUGUGAAGCAAACAUGUUACUUGUAACAUGUAACUGAAAUGUAAUGGAUGCUCACCUUAAACUGCCUAUUUUCAUUACCAAAGAUCCGUAGUUAAAUGAUGCUGGCAGAGUUAUCUAGUACAACAUGCAGUCACAAGAAAUCUGUGUCUAUGAAAUGAUGCAUUCCUAUAGUCCUGGGAGAUAUAGUUGAAAUGAGUAUGAACAUAUUAAUAAUACUAUUUUUCUGAUAUCAAUAAAUAGCAGAACAUACAAUAUAUAAAAGUCAAAUUGAUGUUCGAUCAAUGGAUUAGAUAUGACAAAAAUUCACAAGGAAAAAUUCCAUUUCCUUGCAAUCAGUCUUUUGGACUGAAGAAUCAACAUUUGUCAUAUAAAAACAAAAUUUAUUGUUCUUGUGACAUAAAUUUUUCCUCUAAAGUUAUUCUUUAUACUGCAAGGGUUGCUGGAGUUUUGACCUCCACACUUGUUGGAAGUAUGUGAAGUCAUGCCAGAAAUCCCACUCUGCAUAUCAGUAAUUGGGACAACAGAACUUUUGUAAAAUGAUCACAUGAUGCGAUUAUGCCCAAUAUCAGUAAAUGAUAAUACUGAAUUGAUGCCCAGCCUUAUUACUUAACAAUUUGUAUUAGCAUUUGACAUUAACUAACCAUUAAACCAGGUGGAUAUUCAUAUUCUUCACAUGGCUAUAAAUGCUAAAGUAGGGACAUAUUCUUCACAUGGCUAUAAAUGCUAAAGUAGGGACACCAAAAUGUAAAAAAA